AUGCUACGGUCAAUCCUGUUAUCAAUCAUUUUUGUUGGAGCUGCUAAUGGACUCUUACCAAGCUCACCCUCCACGUUGAAUGUCCGGCCAAGAACAAGACUAUUCCUAGCAGGAGGUCCCAAUCGACAAAAUAUUUUUGAAGGUAUGGACCUUUUCCGAAAAGGUGAUAUCCAAGGUAGCAUCGAUAAGUUUGAUGCCUCUGUCCCACCUGGUUCAAGUGCAUACCUAUGGCAGCGUGGAAUAUCGUAUUAUUAUAAUGAUGACUUUGCCAACGGAAGCAAACAGUUCCGAGAUGACGUACUCCAGAGCCCACUCGACGUCGAGGAGAUUGUCUGGGAUGCUGCGUGUCUUUUGCGAAUGGACCCGGAAACGUUUCCACCGAAAAAUGUGAUGUCACUCCCAAAAGGAAAGAGCGAUAGACGGCCGAUCAUGAGCAUCGUUUACAAGUUGUUUCGAGGUGAGGCAACUGAACACGAUCUUGCGGAUGCUGGGCACAAGGGAGGUCCAUCAGAGGAGUUCUACUCGCUGCUUUACCUAGGAUUGUUUUGCGAGGCCCGUGGGGAGCUGUCAAAGGCUGAGAGCUACAUGAGAUCAGCAGCCAAAACAAAGUAUGCAGAAGUUGUGGGGUCCCGAGACUAUAUGGUUGACGUGGUGAAAGUACACUGCUCAUUGAGACAUUGGACGUGA